AUGUCGUCGCAUCUGCUUGUUUUAUCUUUGCUCCUGGCAUUGCUUGCAGUUGUUCAUUGUGGCCCCGGAGCAGACCACGGAUGGGGGUACGACGAAGACAAUGGACCUGACACUUGGCAAGGAAAGUGUCAGAAUCACUUGAAGCAGUCGCCAAUUGAUAUUCGUGCACCCGAUGUUGACUAUGCCCUCCUCCACCGCAUGCAUUUCCUGAACUAUGAUAUGGAUGGAAAGAUUGAAUUGAGUAACACCGGGAGAACAUUGUUUGCCGGAGGAUUUGAAAGCUGGCAACAAAAACAACCAAUGAUCCAAGGAGGGGGAUUGAAGCAUAGAUACAAGUUGGUUCAAUUCCAUUUGCAUUGGGGACAGAACGACGCUGUUGGAUCGGAACACGCUUUGGGAUCGUUGCAUUAUCCAGCUGAGUUGCAUUUGGUACAUGUUCGUGAGGGUUUGACACUCAAGGAAGCACUAACUCGUCCUGAUGGAUUGGCUGUAGUCGGAGUGUUCCUUGCAAAAACCAAUGAUCCUGUUGCCAAUAACUUCUCCCCGAUCUCUGAAAGACUUCAUGACGUCAGACAUUCUGGAAACAAGACUGAAAUCAAAAACUUCCGCACAAAAUAUGUCCUUCCAUUUGACACGGAAGCAUUCUAUCGUUAUGAGGGAAGUCUCACCACCCCGGAUUGCAGUGAAGCGGUUGUGUGGACAGUGCUCGCUGAGCCAGUGGCUAUUUCCAGUCAUCAGCUUCACCUCCUCCGUCAAUUGCAUAACAAGGAGCUCGUCAAGUCCGACAAGAACUACCGCCCACUUCAGCCAUUGAACGGUCGACGCAUCCAAUACAGACCAAGCAAAUUGGAUCGUGCUAUGAUUUGCUCAUCGGCUGCAACCACUUUGACUAUCUUCUCAACUGUAUUUGCUUUUUUCAUGACAAUGAUUUAUUAG